CAUAGAGAACUGGAAGAACUUGCAGACGCUGAAUGCUGUUGACAUGGAGCUGUACACGGGACUCCAGAGGCUGACAAUCAGGAACUCAGGACUACGAAACAUCCAGCCACGCGCCUUUGCCAAGAACCCUCACCUGCGCUACAUAGACCUCUCUGGGAACCGGCUCACCACUCUGUCAUGGCAACUCUUCCAGACCCUGCGGCUCUUUGAACUGAGACUAGAGAGGAACCUUUUUAACUGCAGCUGCGACAUCCGCUGGAUCCAGCUCUGGCAGGAGAAGGGUGAGGCGAACCUGCAGUACCAGGAGCUCUACUGCAUGAACAUGGAUGCAGCCAUAAUCCCUUUGCAGGAGAUGAACAUCACCCAGUGCGACCUCCCUGAGAUCAGUGUGAGCCAUGUGAACCUGACGGUGAGGGAAGGGGAGAACGCUGUCAUCACUUGCAACGGCUCAGGCUCGCCGCUGCCCGAUGUCGACUGGACGGUGGCCGAUCUCCACUCCAUCAACACGCACCAGACCAACCUCAACUGGACCAAUGUUCAUGCCAUCAAUCUGACCUUGGUGAAUGUUACCAGUGAGGACAACGGGUUCCUGCUUACCUGCAUUGCUGAGAACGUGGUGGGGAUGAGCAAUGCCAGUGUGCUGCUCACUGUCUACUAUCCCCCUCGCAUCCUAACUCUGGAGGAGCCAGUGCUACACCUGGAGCACUGCAUUGCAUUUGCAGUGCAUGGGAACCCAGCUCCCACCCUUCACUGGCUGCACAACGGCCAGGUCCUUCGGGAGACAGAGAUCAUCCACAUGGAGUUUUACCAACAAGGGGAAGUGUCUGAGGGUUGCCUGCUCUUCAACAAACCCACUCACUACAACAAUGGCAACUACACGAUUGUGGCCACCAACCAGCUGGGCUCAGCCAACCAAACCAUCAAAGGACACUUCCUUGAAAAGCCCUUUCCAGAGAGUACAGACAACUUUGUCUCAAUCGGUGAUUAUGAAGUGAGUCCCACCCCACCGAUCACUGUGACCCACAAACCGGAGGAGGACACUUUUGGGGUUUCCAUAGCAGUUGGGCUGGCAGCUUUUGCUUGUGUCCUCUUGGUCGUCCUCUUUAUUAUGAUCAACAAGUAUGGCCGGCGGUCCAAGUUUGGGAUGAAAGGUCCUGUGGCAGUGAUCAGUGGAGAGGAAGAUUCAGCCAGUCCGCUCCAUCACAUCAACCAUGGCAUCACGACGCCCUCGUCCCUGGAUGCUGGCCCGGAUACGGUGGUGAUUGGCAUGACCCGCAUUCCUGUCAUCGAGAACCCCCAGUACUUCCGACAAGGUCACAACUGCCACAAGCCAGACACAUGUUUCAGAGAAAUUAUGUUGAAUCCAAUAAGCCUCCCUGGACAUUCCAAACCUCUUAACCAAGGCAUUUAUGUUGAGGAUGUCAGUGUUUAUUUCAGCAAAGGACGUCAUGGCUUUUAAAAACUCCUUAAAAGUCCCUGUUCUGAUGUCAAGUUUAUAGGCUGUGCCCUCAAAAUGGUGGGAAGCAGUAAGCGUGGUCUGUAUGGAUUGAGGUCUCCUCCUAAUAGGACUCUACAGCCCUGCCUGUACACACGUUAAAGCCAACUGAAACUGUGGUUUUCUGUCACCAGAUAACAGGGUUGUUCUUUUCCUCCAAUGGUCGCUGUGUUCGUUAAAUAUUCCUGCAAGGCACAACAGCAGCAAUGAGAGCAAAUAAAGAGAAUUAAAACCCAAUUGAAAGGAGUCAUCCUAAUAAUACAGUAAAUAAUUGUACUUUUGCUUUAAAAUAAAACACAAAACAAAACCAACCAAGCCAACCAAACUGACAUCUUUAGUCAUGUCCUCCCUGCUUGGAGUUUUCCUUGUAAGCUUGUGUCUUCGCAACACCCAGUGAAUGCUGCCAUCACCUCUUAUGUGGCACCGCCAUGGGAGGUCUCCCAGAGUGAGCCGAGGCGGGGAGCCUGGAAGAAACUAAAGCAGAACGAAGACUUUUGGUAAGAACAAAGGCAGCCCCGCUCCCAGUUCUUGCACAGAAAAUAAUGUUGGAAGGAAUAAUAAUGGAAAGAAAAAAAAAAAAAUCUUACUUCUCUGACAGGAAAAGAAUGUGGUUAUCUUUGAAGUGCACAUAUUCUAGGAGGCUUUUUUUGUUUGUCUGUCUGUCUGUGUGUGUUAGAGCGGCUCGUUGGAUCUGACUAUAUCGUUGUCGUACUCUGGUCUCUCCCUGCUGCUUGAAUGAUGAGCUUUAUCUGAGGAGUUGCCUGGACUUCCCGCAUGGAUGGAGAAUCCAUAGCGCAGGAGGGUCUGUGUCCUUGCCAGGACUAGGGCAGUAAGCAAAGUGGAAAAGCAUAUCAGAUGCACGCAGGUCCCAGUUGCUGGGCCUUUUCCAGCCCCCUUUAGCUCUCCCCUGUAUUCCCACCCAACUAGAGAUUGAUUGUAACGGAGUCAUGCACCCAGAACCAUCAGCUUGAGGCUGACUGACUGAAGGAGAGGAAAAUGAAAUAUUCUGUUGCUUCUUCUCUGGCAUAAACAGGAAUAUCGAUCCUGUUCUCUGGCCAAUAUUCGUAUUCUCUCACCCUCUCCCAUCCCAUUUUUGUCUUACUUCAUCCAAAGCCUCUCAGAUGUAAAAGUAAACCCUUUGAUCCUGUCCUCAAGAGAAGCCAGCUGCCCUUGCGGCAACUUGCAGGGCUUUCCUUGGACUCUGGAUGUCGCAUGUACGGCAAGUACAGAUUUGCUCACACGUAUCGGUGAUAACCUAUAAACGAGGCAGAUUUUCUCUAGAGGAAAAAACCUUCCAAAAACUUCAGGUGUGGCCAGAUCCUUUUCUGAGAGGAGAAUUGGACCAGGAACUUGCUCACCAGCCACUCAGCUUUGCUUGCCUUCUUGGUGGCCCGAGAUGACCUUAUCACAUCAGGGAUGUCUCUAAAUCACCAGCCCUGAAGGGUCGCUGCUGCUGGAAAGAGUCACCGUCCCCCUCCGCCAGAACUGGGCAGAAGCCUCAGAAUGGGAUGUUCUGCUUUAUCCUGCCUUUACAGGUGACCUGCAUGAACCGCCCUGGAGAUUGCCAGGAGGUUUUAUUAGCAGCUUUCCCAUAGGGUUGUCCCUGGGAAUAUUCCAUUCUCCCGCUUCUUCUCCCAGUUCGUUUGCGUAAAAAGGUAAAGUGCAAUAGAAGAGUACAGGAGAAACCGUAGCAGAUUGCUUUAAGUUAACGGACAUGCCUUAGGGGGGCAUCUGCAUUAGGAUGAGGAGGCCUGGCUCAGGUUGGAUGGCUUCUGAAACCAUGACCAAAACUCCCAACAAUGUUUCCUGCCCGCAUCGGAGCUGGAAAUGCAAGAGGUGCACUGCCAGAGAGGACCUGCGGCCAUGUGUCAUUGACACCUCAAUUCUGCAGAUUCAGAGUGAGGAGGAGGUUCGCCAAGCGUGUGAAUCACUGGGUGCUUGUCUGAACUGAAUUUCCCCAUCUCCUGGAAGUCGCCCACCUGACCUGGGGAUGUCUUGUCCGUCUGAACUGUCUCCUCUCCCUAGCACUGUUCAGGGGACUCUGCUCUCAACUGUGUGUAUCAGUCGUAGAGAUACAUCUGUGGGCCUGGACCAGAAGCCUAUAUCCAAACACCCUAGCAGAGGAAAGGUUGAAUUUUACAGCUCAGGUCCAUCUCUGCUUAGAAGAAAUCCUCCGGACCGUACAGCAUAAUUUAAAGCAGUUCUCCCCACUGUGAUCAAUGUCUCAAUUUGUUUAACACCAAUUAAAGUCUCUGGUUCCUCACUGCUUAAAACGAAAGCCAGUCAUGGCCGUUUGCAAUUGGUGGCUUUAAGUAGCAAGUCUAAGGAUGUUUUGUUUUUUUAAAACUUUAUUUUAUUUUUAAUUAUUGUAAAUCAUUACCUCAUUUUCUGUCAAUGAGACUCCUCCAUCUUUGAGCAUUCUUAUCUUGCCAUAACUAUCAUCCUGUGCUAAUGGGAAAUGGGACGGUCCCUUUUCACAGAGACUAUAGGGGUGUUCAAUGUCUAGUUUCUUAAUAAACACUUUAUUUUCUAACGAAA